CCGUUUUUCAUAUACCUUUUUCCAUCCAUAUCUUUUUUUUUUUGUUUUUUUUAUCGUUUGAUAUUCAUUAACGCCAUUGGCCAUUUCCACUUAGUUUGGCUUUAUUUCAUCCCCGUUGCGUUCGUCUAGUUGUACUCACGGCUCGUCCCUUCUGUUUGACUCGACCCUGAUAUCUGAUUUCCUGGUUAAAGGUUAUUUAAUUUCCAUCCCCAGAUUCUUCCUUUGUGAUAAUACUUUUAAUUCGAGUAUCUCGUUGUAUUUCUAGUUUUAAUUCAGUUUCUUUUUGUUUUUUUCCCUUUGAAUUAUUAUCAACUCCCUACCUCCAGCAGGAAUAGUUUUUUUUUCCAUCUAUUCAUUGUAUUAUUAUUAAUUUUCAUCUUUGCCGCCCAGGUUAUCAAAGUCAUAAGUCAUUUUAUUUCCCCUUGUGUUUUUACUAAUAUUAUUACAUCUGCAUACAUCAUAAUGACUUCUGAAUCAAAUCUUAAUCAUUUUUCUACCGUUCCCUUGGGCUCUACCGCUCCGGCUCCUCCUGCUCCUCCUGCUCCUUCUCGUCUUGCUACAAAUGGUGGUCUUUUACCUUCCGGUACUUCUGCUCCUCCUAAUGGUCCAGCCACUAAUCCUCCUCCUCAUUUAUUAAAUACUUUUCAACCUCAAUCUCCUUCCACUACAAGUAUCUUGAAAAUCUCAAACUUACCUCAUGAUUUAACUAAUCGUGAAGCUUCGCUUAUAUUUUCUUUGGUUGUUGAUGAUAUUAUUAAUAUUGAAAUCAAAGAUUAUCAAAUCAUUGCUUUUUUCAAAACUAUUAAUACUUGUCUUACCACGGGGAAAUUAUUAGAAGGUAAAUUUAUCUUUGGUAAUGAAUAUGGUCCAAUCAAGGUUGAUUAUGAAAAUUUACCAAUCCAUUCUCCAAAUUCUUUAUCAAAUACAACUACUAAUUUCCAAAAUUUAAGAUUAUCUUCCAUCUCAAAUAUUUCUCCUCCAAACUUAAAUAAUCAUCUCCAUCUGCAUCUUCAAGCAUCUCAACAAUCUGCAUCUCAACCUCAACAACAACAACAACCUCCUCCUCCUCCACAACAACAACAAUCUCUGCAACAACAGCAUCCGCAACAACAACCUCUGCAACAGCCUCUGCAACAACAACAACCUCCUCAACAACCUCUGCAUCAACAACCUCUGCAUCAACAACCACCUGAUCAAUCUGCAUACCCUCCUUAUGAUACUUUCCAAAAAAGACAAUCAAUUGGUAAUCAACGCUCAAGGUUUUUGUUUAGUGACCCUUUCUCUAAUACCUCCCCCGCUGCAAAUGGUCCUCCUAAUCCUGCUCAACCUCCACAAUCAGCUCCGGGUAUUAACGGAACCGUUCAGCCAUCUACUCAUGCUCCUGGUUCAAUUGAUUUAAGUGAUUUGACCGGUAAAUCUUUACUCUUAAUGGAAUCACAAAAUGAUAGCUAUAAUUUGGUUACUAGAGAUCCUUGGGGUAACACUCCUUUACCUCAAUCAGCUACUACUUCUCAACCUGGUCCUUCUCAAUCAAUAGGUCUUGGUUCCGCUGAUAAUUCUCUUCAUUCUGGUACUCAUACUCCCUUUGAUUGGUCUCAACAACAACAGCAGCAGCAGCAGCAGCAAUCUGCUCCUCCUUCGAGUUCUAGUGAUCGUAGAAAAAUUUCAUCUGCCUUUUUCAAUAAUCCUCCUCCUUCAAAUCCUCAAUCCUCAAGUGGUAAUUCCACAUCUCAAUUACCUGCAUUAUCAGUCCCAGGUGGAUCAAAUCAACAACAACAACAACCACAACAACAACAACCACAAUCCACUAAUACUGCUGCACCUUCAGCUGCUAAUCCUCAACAACAACAAUCUCAACAAUCUCAACAGUCUGCAUCCUCUCAACAACAACUGCAACAACUGCAACAACUGCAACAACCAUCUGCUGCACAGGUUAUUGCUGCUGGCCCACCAUCUACCCAACCUCCGGCUUCUGGUAUACCGACUAAUGGUCAGCCAACCGCUGCUGAUAUUUUAAGUAGUUCUGGUGGCUCAGCUUCAGGAGCUCCUACUUCUUCUAAUGCUUCUCCUGCUACUUCAAGACAAUCUUCAAGUAAGGAUAUUCCAGAUUUAUCAUUAUUAGCUCGUGUUCCUCCUCCUGCCAAUCCAGCUGAUCAAAAUCCUCCUUGUAAUACUUUAUACGUUGGUAAUUUACCUCCAGAUGCUACAGAAGCUGAAUUAAGAUCAUUAUUUGCACCACAAAAGGGUUUCCGUCGUUUAUCCUUCCGUACCAAAAAUCAAUCAUCUGCUAACUCAAAUGCUAGUAAUCAUAAUCACGGUCCAAUGUGUUUUGUUGAAUUUGAUGACGUUGCAUUAGCUACAAGAGCUUUAGCUGAAUUAUAUGGUAGCGCUUUACCAAGACCAAAUGGUAGUAAUGGUAAAGGUGGGAUUAGAUUGUCUUUCUCCAAAAAUCCUUUAGGUGUAAGAGGACCUGGUAAUCCAAGAAGAACAUCUACAAAUAAUAUUUCUACAUCCUCUAGCAAUGUUAAUGGCAAUGCUAAUGGUGUUGGGAAUUAUGGUUAUCUGAAUUAUCACCAAAAGUAG